ACUAACACCAGAAGAAAUCAACAUACCCCUAGAGCCCCGACCAGGGUUAUUCUAUCUACUACCCAAGAUCCACAAACCCGGAAAUCCUGGACGCCCCAUCAUCUCGGGCAUUGGCACUCUCACUGAAGGACUGUCUGGAUAUAUGGACUCUCUACUCAGACCCUACGCCACCAGCACUCCCAGCUAUCUCCGCGACACCACUGAUUUCCUGAGGAAACUACAAUGCAUUGGUGACCUCCCAGAAAACACCAUCCUAGCCACCAUGGAUGUAGAGGCUCUCUACACAAGCAUCCCACACACAGAUGGAAUACAAGCUGUCAGGAACACUAUCCCUGAUGAUGCCACAGCACAACUGGCUGCUGAGCUCUGUGCCUUUAUACUUACACACAACUAUUUCAAAUUUGAUGACAAUAUAUAUCUCCAGAUCAGUGGCACUGCUAUGGGCACCCGCAUGGCCCCACAAUAUGCCAAUAUCUUCAUGGCCGACCUGGAACAACGCUUCCUCAGCUCUCGUCCACUCACACCCCUUCUCUAUCUACGCUACAUUGAUGACAUCUUCAUCAUCUGGACCCAUGGGAAGGAGACUCUGGAAAAAUUCCACCAUGAUUUCAACAGCUUCCACCCCACCAUCAACCUCAGCCUGGACCAAUCUACACGGGAGGUCCACUUUCUUGACACCACGGUGCAAAUAAGUGAUGGUCACAUUAACACCACCCUAUAUCGAAAACCCACCGACAGCUAUGCCUACCUUCAUGCCUCCAGCUUCCAUCCCGGGCACAUCACACGAUCCAUUGUCUACAGCCAAGCACUGAGGUACAACCGCAUCUGCUCUGACCCCUCAGACAGAGACCAACACCUACAAAAUCUCCACCAAGCAUUCUCAAAACUACAAUACCCGCACGAGGAAAUAAGGAAACAGAUCAACAGAGCCAGACGUAUACCCAGAAGCCUCCUACUGCAAGACAAACCCAAGAGAGAAACCAACAGGACUCCACUGGCCAUCACAUACAGCCCCCAGCUAAAACCCCUCCAACGCAUCAUCAAGGAUCUACAACCCAUCCUGGACAAUGAUCCCACACUUUCACAGGCCUUGGGUGGCAGGCCAAUCCUUGCCCACAGACAACCUGCCAACCUGAAACAUAUUCUCACCAGUAACUGCACACCACACCAUAAUAACUCUAGCUCAGGAACCAAUCCAUGCAACAAACCUCGAUGUCAACUCUGCCCACAUAUCUACACCAGCGACACCAUCACAGGACCUAACCAGAUCAGCCACACCAUCACUGGUUCAUUCACCUGCACAUCCACCAAUGUAAUAUACGCCAUCAUAUGCCAGCAAUGCCCCUCUGCUAUGUACAUCGGCCAAACUGGACAGUCUCUACGGAAAAGGAUAAAUGGACACAAAUCAGACAUUAGGAAUGGCAAUAUACAAAAACCUGUAGGAGAGCACUUCAACCUCCCUGGCCACACUAUAGCAGACCUUAAGGUGGCCAUCCUGCAGCAAAAAAACUUCAGGACCAGACUUCAAAGAGAAACUGCUGAGCUUCAGUUCAUCUGCAAAUUUGACACCAUCAGCUCAGGAUUGAACAAAGACUGUGAAUGGCUUGCCAAUUACAGAACCAGUUUCUCCUCUCUUGGUUUUCACACCUCAACUGCUAGAACAGGGCCUCAUCCUCCCUGAUUGAACUGACCUCGUUAUCUCUAGCUUGCUUGCUAGCACACAUAUAUAUACCUGCCCCUGGAUAUUUCCAUUACAUGCAUCUGAGGAAGUGGGUAUUCACCCACGAAAGCUCAUGCUCCAAAACGUCUGUUAGUCUAUAAGGUGCCACAGGAUUAUUUGCUGCUUUU